AGUGUAGAGUCUGCAGUAGAGAGAGCAGCAGACAGCCACACUGGCAAGCUAGAUGUCAGAAUUCGCGAUUGUAGCAAGGUUAUAUUUACCAACUGUGUGCGCGCUUCGGCAUUUCUAGCAUUUUUCAAUUGAUACAGUAAAGUAAUUGUUCAUUGUGAUUGUUUACAACGAGAGCCGGAGGUAUUCGAGCUUAUGCCAUAGAUUGCUUAUCUAUUGAUAACUUGACACGAGUAAAAAAAGUUAAAGAAAGUAUGGACAAGGAUAAUUCCGAUACGAUGGCAGAGACUAAGGUGGAGGAUAAGGUAGAGGAGAAGGACGAGAAGAUGGAUGAGAGUAAAGGUGAUGAGAGUGAAAAGAUGGAAUCGACAGAGGAUAAAAAAGAUGACGAGAAAGAGGAGGAAAAGCAGAAAAGCGACAAUUUCGAUGACGAGAUCAUGAUACCUCAUCAAAAGAAGAGUCAGGAUGAACCGGAGGAGAUUGCAGCAGCGUCGCUGCCGGAUCCACCGCCCAAGAGACUAUUGGAGCGCAGAGAGAGCUUGGAGAAGAAAAAUAAGCGAGAACUCGAGGAGGAGGAGAGAGAAAAGAUGCAAGUGCUGGUUUCUAAUUUCACAGAGGAUCAGUUGGACAGAUACGAAAUGUUCAGGAGAUCUGCCUUCCCCAAGGCAGCCAUAAAGCGCAUUAUGCAGACCAUAACUGGCUGCUCUGUCUCGCAGAACGUGGUCAUUGCCAUGUCCGGCAUAGCCAAGGUGUUUAUCGGUGAAAUAGUGGAGGAGGCAUUGAACAUCAUGGAAUCACAGGAUGAGACUGGUCCGCUUCAACCCAAGCAUUUGAGAGAAGCUGUACGAGUUCUUAGAGCAAAAGGAACUAUACCCCAUGCCAAAUGCGGCAAGACGUUUCAGAGAUUGUAAAAAAAGACUGAUGCUUUGCUUAUACGUAUUCCAAGUAAUAUCUUGUAUAGAAUAAGUUUGAAUGGGCAUCACUAAAUCUAUUUCUUUAAUUAAUGUAAGAAUUGAAAUGUGCAUCCUUACAGCAUGGCACAAAUAUUUGUAAAUAUCAGUAAGCGUAACGAUAAGUAACUAUUUUAUAUCAAAGAUGUUUAGGUACAUAUAAUUGUGAUAUAAAUAAAAGAUUUCUAUAUUAAUAAUAAACUAUUAUCUUCACUCGACAGAACA